AUGACCCGCGUCCUGCUCCCCCUCCUCGCCCUCGCCUCCGUCGCGACCGCCCACUUCUCCCUCACCCUCCCCCCGCCCCUGAGCGACAGCGACGAGUCGGAGGCCACCGCCCCCUGCGGCGGCUUCUCCAUCUCCUCCUCCACCAAGACCACCGACUUCUACGUCGGCGGCGACGCCAUCGGCAUGAAGAACGGCCACCCCCAGAGCAACUGGCUCUUCCGCGCCACCACCGACCUGACCGCCGCCGGCGGCUGGACCCAGCUCUUCCCCAUCGUCAUGCAGACCGGCCUCGGCAACUUCUGCGAGCCCCAGAUCGUCGUCCCCGGCAACUUCACCGGCAAGAAGGGCAUAGUCAGCGUCGUCGCCCACUCGCCCGACGGCCUGCUGUACGUUUGCUCCGCCGUCAACUUCGUCUCAGGCACCGCCCCCACCCGCUCCGACUGCAAGAACGCGACCAUCACCGCCAACUUCACCAGCGAUCCCUCCCUGACCGCCCUCAUGAGCGGCGACGGCGCCUCCGCCGGCGGUGCGUCGUCCUCCGGCACCCCCACCGCCUCCGCUUCCGCCUCCGCUUCCGCCUCCACCUCCCCCAACGCCGCCGCUCCCCGCGUCGCCGUCGGAAACCUCUUCCCCGGCAUCGCCGCCGGAUUGCUCGCGUCCGUCGCCGCUGCCGUCGGCGGUGCCGCCAUGCUCUUCUAA